CGACUUGAGAGUGUCAGGGUUUUUUUGCUUAGGGUUUUACGCACCGCUACAGCUUGUGAAUGCCAUUGUGGCUAGUUUGUGGCAUUUGGCUUUUGCCUGGUGAUCUUUGUCCCUUCCAGCCAUCCCCCAGAUUUCACUCCGUCGUCGAUGAGAUUUGAGAAUCCCCCGCGAAGAUGCCUUCCCAACAGACUUCACAAUCGCGUGCGGUGCAGUCAAGGACCUCGGACUUAUCCCGAACCGACGAUUCAGGAUCAGGAGGACUUGAAACAGCUGAAGGUCCCGCCCGAAGAAGAUUACACCGAGCUUCCACGAACAAUCUCAGCUCAAGUAGUCCCGUCUCUCAUCAUUCAAGCAAGGCCGUUCCUGGGUCACGUUCCAGCGUCGCGAGCAAGCGAAGGUUAUCCAUCCGAGACCAAAAGGUGCCACAAGGACCUCGACCACAAGAGACCACUCGAAGAAGGUAAUUUAAAUGGCUACCGCCAGUUUGAGCAGCGUUCCCCGCCUCCAUAAACCCUUGCGUCUUCUCUCCACUGCCAGUUCACCGCGCGGCAGCAUUGCUAAUUUGUAUCACCGCUCGGUAGUAACCCGUCCGGCUCAUACCUCCACUCCGUCAAUUCCUCCGUCGAUUCUACCAGCGACUCGGCU